AUGGCUGAUCGUAACUUGGCCGUUGUGAAGCCAAUAUGGAUGAAGCAAGCAGAAGAGGCAAAAAUAAAGAGCGAAGCUGAGAAAGAUGCGGCGGCUAAAGCUGCCUUCGAGGCUACCUUCAAGGACGUUGAGAAGAAUCGAGAGCCUGCUCCUUUAUCAGAUAGUGAUGGCGAUGAAGAAGAAGACUUGACUAACAAGCCUAUAGGCCCUGUGGACCCCACCAAGUGCACGGCCGCUGGGACUGGUGUUGCUGGCGGAACUGCUUGUGCACCUUCUUCAUUUGUGGUGGUUACAAAGGAUUCAGAUGGUCGGAAAGUUCCCCAUGGUGGAGCCCAGGUGAAGGUGAAGGUGUCUCCAGGAGUUGGUGUUGGAGGGUCCGAACAAGAAGGGAUUGUCAAAGAUAUGGGUGAUGGGACCUAUACAGUUACCUAUGUGGUUCCUAAAAGAGGAAACUACAUGCUGGAUGUUGAGUGUGAUGGGAAGUCUAUCAUGGGUAGUCCAUUUCCAGUUUUCUUUAGCGCAGGUUCUGUUUCAGGGGCAUUUCCAGGACUUCUUGGAAUGAUUCCUGGGAUUGUUCCGAGUUCAUCAGGUGGGGUUGUUUUGGCUGGAAUUGGAGCAUCACUUGGGGAAAUUUGCAGAGAGUAUCUGAGUGGGCGUUGUGUUAAAACUGAUUGCAAGUUGGGUCACCCUCCACACAAUCUGCUGAUGACUGCUUUGGCUUCUACAAGCACCAUGGGAACACUUAGUCAAGCACCAAUGGCACCAUCUGCAGCUGCAAUGGCAGCUGCACAGGCUAUUGUUGCUGCUCAAGCGCUUCAAGCACAUGCUUCAAGUGCACAAGCGCACGCUUCUAGAGAAACUACUGUAGCAGAAGAUAAGGCAGCAAAAGCCGAUUCUUUAAAGAAAACACUCCAAGUUAGUAACCUCAGCCCACUACUCACUGCAGAACAACUAAAACAGUUUUUUAGUUUUUGUGGCACAGUUAUUGACUGUAGUAUCACAGAAUCUAAGCAUUUUGCAUACAUAGAAUAUUCAAAACCUGAAGAAGCAACAGCUGCACUUGCAUUAAAUAACAUGGAUGUUUUAGGGCGCCCAAUGAAUGUUGAAAUGGCAAAAUCACUUCCCUCAAAGCCUGCAGUUUCUUCAUCUUCUUUGCCAAUGGUGAUGCAGCAAGCUGUUGCUAUGCAACAAAUGCAAUUUCAACAGGCUCUUUUGAUGCAACAAACUAUGAAUGCACAACAAGCAGCUAAUCGAGCAGCAACUAUGAAGAGUGCAACUGAAUUGGCUGCUGCUAGAGCUGCUGAAAUUAGUAUGAAGUUGAAAGCUGAAGGGAUAAUUGGAAAUGAAGAUGAAUCAGUUAAAAAUCCAAGGUCACCUUCUCCAGUCCCCACAAGGUCAAGGUCAAAGUCAAAGUCUCCUGUGAUAUACCAAAGAAGACGUAGGUCCCGCUCCUUUUCACCUCCACAUCGCCGCAUAAGAGGUUACAGAUCCAGGUCACCAAUAAGGUCCCGCCACUACUCAACUUAUGAAUAUGACAGGCGGACAUUUAGGGGUGGUAAUGACCGCUACAGGAGACGAGAAUACAACAACAGCCGCCAUUCUUGGAGAAAUAGAAGCAGAAGUUUAAGUCCGCGUGGCAGAAAAUCUUCAGAAUCCCCAAAACGCCCUCGCAAAAGCCCGAAGAAAUCUUCACGUGAUGAGCAAAGUAAGGAAAAACACAGAAGGCAGUCUAGGUCUACGUCUAGGUCCAAGUCCAGGUCCAGGUCAGCAUCUUUGGAGGUCAAACCUCGGUCAAAUGAGAAGAUGGUUGAUAGGAGGCGGUCCAAGUCCAGGUCAGCAUCUUUAGAGGUCAAACAUCGGUCAAACGAUAAGAUUGAUGAUAUUAAGGAGGAAAAGUCAAAAGGGCGCGAUGGGAGACGGUCCAGGUCAGCAUCUUUGGAAGUCAAAGAUCGGUCAAACGAUAAGAUUGAUGAUGUUAAGGAUGAAAAGUCAAAAGGGCGUGAUGGGAGACGGUCAAGGUCCAGGUCAGCAUCUUUGGAAGUUAAACAUCGGUCAGAUGAGAAGGUGGAAAGGUCAAAAGGGCGUGAUAAGAGGCGGUCAAGGUCCAGGUCAGCAUCUCUGGAAGUUAAACCUAGGUCAAACGAUAAAAUGGAUGAUAGGAAGGAGAAAAGGUCAAAAGGACGUGAUAAAAGGCGGUCAAGGUCCAGGUCAGCAUCUUUGGAAGUCAAACCUCGGUCAAACAAUAAAAUGGAGGAAAGAUUAAAAGGGCGUGAUAGGAAGCGGUCCAGGUCAGCAUCUUUGGAAGUCAAACAUCGGUCAAACGAUAAGGUUAAUGAUAGUAAGGAAGAAAAGUCAAAAGGGCGUGAUAGAAGGCGGUCAAAGUCCAGGUCAGCAUCUGUGGAUGUCAAACAUGAUAUUAAGGAGGAAAGAUCAAAAGGGCGGGGUAGGAGGCGAUCCAGGUCCAGGUCAGCAUCUUUAGAAGUCAAACAUCGGUCAAACGAUAAGGUUAAUGAGAAUAGGGAGGUAAGGUCAAAACACAGGAGGCGGUCAAGGUCCAGGUCAACAUCCGUGGAGGUCAAACAUCGGUCAAACGAUAAGAUAGAUGACAGUAAAGAGGAAAGAUCAAAACGCCAUGAAAGGAGGCGUUCCAGGUCAGCAUCUGUAGAAGUCAAACAUCGGUCAAACAAUCGGGAGGAAAAGUCAAAACGUCAUGAUAGGGGAAGGUCAAGAUCUUUAGAGGGUAAACACCGUUCGAGUGAAGGCAGUCCAGGUCAGCAUCUCCGGAUGUCAAGCGCCAUCGUUCGGAUGAACAAAGAUCAAAACACAGAAGACGGUCAAAGUCAAAGGUCAAGGUCAAAGUCAAAGUCAGCAGAAGAUAACCGAUUGAACAAUGUGGAUCAUGAGGGGGGAGGGAGCGAUUGGGCGGGUGAGGGGACACCGGAGCGUUAUAGGGAGUCGGAUAUUUUAAUAAAGGAUGAUGGGAUUUGUGGUGGAAGUGGGGAGGAGUAUAAUUAUAAUGAUGACGUGGCAGCUGAGGAGGAAGUCAGAAUGUUUUGA